AUGUUUAUAAAUAUUAGAAAAAAUAGAAUUUGCCUACAACAACUACAAAAUAAUCGCUAUAAAUGAAAACAAACUUUUAAUAAAAACAAAAAAAAGAAAAAUUUUAUAAAGAAUAUAUUAAGAAGAAAAUUUAAACAACAAAAAUGUCUGCUGCUACUUUAUGUUUUUGGCAAAAUUCUUCAACUGCAGCAGCAACAGCAGCACAAACUAGCUCAAUGCCCGAUAGUACCACCAGUCCCACUAACUCGACCAUGAUUUUAACUCCCGAUUCACCGUCGAAAACAUUACAAAUAAAACAAUUAAAUAAAAGCAACAUAAAUUUUAAUCAAAAUAAAACUAUAAUUAAUACAAACAACAACAAUAGCAAUAACAUAUUUCCAUACAACAAUAAUAACAAAAUAGUUGAUUGGGAAAUGCAAAAUAAUGGUAUCUCCCAAACUCCUCAAUAUGCUCAACACAGCAACAGCAUAAGCAGCUGUAACGGCAACAAUAGCAACAAUUACCACAACAAGAAAAACAAUCAUAUUAUUGUUUUAGAUGACAAACAACAGCGUGAUCAGCAUCAUCAACAUACCGUAGGACUUUUCAAUUCUGUACGUCUUAUAGGUGGUUAUGAUGCCAAUGAUGUUGCUGAUGUUGACAAUCAACAUAUUAAUGUCGAAGGCGAUAAUGCUGUUGUUAUUGGUGAUGAUGAUGAUACUAUUGAUGGUUUAGCUACAUUCUAUUGUAAUGCUAAUGAUGCUGAAAAUGAUAAUGAUCAUAUUGCAAAUAUAAACGAUCGUAUGUUGGUUGAUCAAGAGGUGGCUCGUAGUCAUCAGCUGCUUAGAAAUUUGUCUGCAGCUUAUGUAUCCAGUGCGGCAGCUGCCGUUGAGGCGGGCAGUGGUAGCGGACGUCAACGUCAUGCUCCACUAUAUGGUCGUUUUGUAGGUGAAGAAGAGCUUCCUGCUACACAUCGCGAUGUUAUGCAUCAUCGAUCUAGUCCAACGUCUUCAUCAGAGGUGCGCGCCAUGCAAGCACGUAUACCAACACAUUUUCGUGAUCCCGCAACGGCGCCGUUAAGAAAUUAAGUGUGGAUUUAAUCAAGACCUACAAGAUAUAAAUGAGGUCUACUAUGCAAAAAAGAAACGUCGUGCCCAACAGACACAAGGCGAAGAUGAUUCCUCAAAUAAAAAGGAGCGAAAAUUAUAUAAUGAUGGCUAUGAUGAUGAUAAUCACGAUUAUAUAAUAAAGCAUG